AUGGCUAGCCUCCAGGGCUACGUCGACCAUCGAGUUCUUCUCAUCCUUCAGGACGGACGUGCCAUCGUGGGCGUAAUGGCGGGCUACGACCAAAAAUCGAACGUCGUCCUCUCCGACUCGAAGGAGCGCGUAUACAGCAUUGAAGAAGGCGUCGAGGAGAUUCCGCUGGGUCUCUACCUUGUGAAGGGUGACCAAAUUGUCCUCAUCGGUGAGCUCGACGAUGCGAUCGAACAGACGGUCGAUCUGUCGACGAUCCGUGCGGAGCCGCUCCCUCCCAUUCGAUAUUGA